AUGGCGGCAAGCGCGGGGGCCGAUUUUAACGCUCCUGAGAUCCCCCAGGAACUGACUGUUUGUGACAGCUACAGAGAUGAAGGAGAUAUCAUUGCCUAUCUCCCAUUCUUAACCUGGUUGUGCCCAAAUGGAUUUUUCUUCCAGUUCCUCUCUCUUUCCACUCAUCAUAUCAUUCUUUUUGAUUCCCAGAGCCGAGUAGACUUCUUGCAGCUGAUGAUUGACUCCCAGACUUCCAGUGGCAAUCACCAAAGCAAUGGGAUCGAUCACACAUAUAAAGGCUUAACUGAUGAUGAAAUCCUGGCCCAAGCCUUUAUUUUUGUUUUUGCUGGGUACGAACCCACCAGCAACUCCCUUGGUUACGUGGCCUACCUUUUAGCCACUCAUCCAGAUGUUCAACAGAAGCUUCAAAGCGAGAUAGAUUCUGUUCUACCCAACAAAGCUCCUCUCACAUACGAUGCCAUCACGCAACUGGAAUAUCUUGACAUGGUACUGAAUGAGACACAAAGGCUGUAUCCUCUUGGCGGGCGGAUUGAAAGGAUGUGCAAGAAAGAUGUUGAAAUAAAUGGGGUGACUAUUCCAAAAGGUGUUGGGGUGAUGAUACCACCCUACAUUCUCCACCGGGAUCCAGAAUACUGGCCAGAACCUGAAGAGUUUAGACCUGAGAGGUUCAGCAAAGAGAACAGAGAAAAUGUGGAUCCUUACACAUACCUGCCCUUUGGAGCUGGUCCCCGGAACUGCAUUGGAAUGAGAUUUGCUCUUGUUACUAUGAAAGUGGCUAUUACAAUCCUUUUGCAGCAUUUCUCGUUCAGAGUCUGUAAAGAAACUCCAGUGAGUAGAAUGCAUUUAUUUAUUUAUUUAUUUAUUUAUUUAUCUAAAAUUACCAGAGAACUCAACCGGGCAUAA